UUUAUGAAAUAUCCUCUGCAAAAUCUCCUUAACUUUAUCCGUUGGCGUUGAUUAAAUCAAACUCUCAUUUGAUUUCAUUCCGUUAAAAUUUAUCUUGAAAUUACUAUCUGUCAUCCUUAUCUCCGAUCCGAUCCAUUGUAGCUAUAUAAGCACAGCACCUCGGUGAUUGUUCUUCAUCUUUUCUUCCGGCGUUCCAAAAUGGGUUCGAAGACCUGCUCACUGUUCUUCUUUUUCCUUCUCCUUUUGCUCUCCUUCAAGGGCAAUCAAGCCUCAAAUGCCGAUCGCGGUCUCAGUCGCGAGGCAUUCCCGGAGGGAUUCGUAUUCGGGACAGCGGCAUCCGCCUAUCAAGUGGAAGGGAUGGCACUUAAAGGAGGACGAGGACCCAGCAUUUGGGAACCAUACGUUAGAAUCCCAGGUAAGAUCGCUGGCAAUGCUACUGCCGAUGUUGCAGAUGAUGAGUACCAUCACUACAAGGAAGAUGUUGACAUCAUGAAGGCAUUCAAUUUUGAUGCUUAUAGGUUCUCAAUUUCAUGGAGUAGAAUAUUUCCAAAUGGAACGGGUGAAAUCAAUUGGGAGGGUGUUGAUUAUUACGAUAGGCUAAUCGAUUACUUGAUACAACAAGGCAUUACUCCUUAUGCAAAUCUUUAUCACUAUGAUCUUCCUUUGGCACUUCAUGAUGAGUACCUGGGUUGGUUAAGUCCAAAGAUAGUGGAUGCAUUUGCAGACUAUGCCGAUUUUUGUUUUGAGAGAUUUGGCGACAGAGUUAAGAAUUGGUUCACCAUUAAUGAGCCUAGAUGUGUGGCAGCCCUUGGUUAUGGUGAUGGUAGUGAUGCCCCGGGGAGAUGUAGCACUUGUGCUGCUGGUGGGAACUCGACUACUGAGCCUUAUAUUGUGGCGCAUAAUUUGAUCUUAUCUCAUGCAGCUGCAGUGAAAAGAUAUCGUGAAAAGUAUCAGGAAGAACAAAAAGGCAAAAUAGGAAUCCUUUUGGAUUUUGUUUGGUAUGAACCUUAUACUUACUCGGUACAAGACAAAGCCGCCGCUAAAAGAGCCAUUGAUUUUAGCCUUGGAUGGUUCCUUCAUCCUUUAACAUAUGGAUACUAUCCGGAAUCAGUUCAAGACAUUGUUAAAGAAAGACUCCCUAAAUUUACCAAUGACCAAGUGGAGAUGGUUAGAGGUUCAUAUGAUUAUGUUGGGGUCAAUCAAUACACAUCCUACUAUAUGGAGGAUCUUGGAAUAGUUGAUCCAAAGCCUGUUAGCUAUCAAGCGGACUGGCAUGUAGAGUUCAAAUAUGAUCGAGAUGGUGUACCAAUUGGUCCCCAGGCCAACUCGAAGUGGCUCUACAUAGUUCCAUGGGGAAUCUACAAAGCCGUGACAUAUGUGAAGGAAAAUUAUGGCAAUCCCGUCAUCAUUUUAGCAGAGAAUGGAAUGGAUCAGCCUGGAAAUGUCACUCUUCCAGAAGGCUUGCAAGAUACAACGAGAAUGAACUAUUACAAGAGUUACAUCACCAACUUGAAAAGGGCUAUGGAUGACGGCGCAACAGUUAUAGGAUAUUUUGCUUGGUCACUUCUAGACAACUUCGAAUGGAACCUAGGAUACACAUCAAGAUUUGGCAUAGUAUAUGUAGAUUUCAAGAACAAGCAACGAUUUCCAAAGAAUUCUGCUUAUUGGUUCAAAAAGAUUCUAGAGAGGAAGUAAGAUUAAGCUUUCCAAUUCCAUUCCGUUCAAGUUGUGUCUAGAUUGCUUAUUAGUUUAAUAAGGGUGUACAUUGUGCACGGAAAGGGGUUCUAGUUUUUGUAUAUAAUAUAUGCAAAAUAAUCCAACUUUUUGUUCAUUCCUUAGCAAUUUUUCUAAUGUUAGAUAAUUGACAUCUUGGUGUAUCUUUGUCUUUAAAAUGAAUAAGAUAGUAAUUUAUUAAUUUAUUGCCCAUGUAUAAAAU